AUGGGGGAGCCCGGCUCCUUGGUUAGGGGAGACCGCGCGGGUGGCCGGAGCUGGUGUUUGCGGCGGGUGGGGAUGAACGCUGAGUGGCUGCUGUUGGAGGACGGAGACGAGGUGACUGUAGGGCGAGGAUUUGGUGUCACAUACCAGCUGGUAUCAAAAAUCUGCCCUCUGAUGAUUUCCCGAAACCACUGUGUUUUGAAGCAGAAUGCCGAGGGCCAGUGGACAAUUAUGGACAACAAGAGUCUGAAUGGUGUUUGGCUGAAUAGAGAACGUCUAGAACCUUUAGAAGUCUAUUCUAUCCGUAAGGGAGACCACAUCCAGCUUGGAGUGCCUCUGGAAAAUAAGGAGAAUGCAGAGUAUGAAUAUGAAGUUAUUGAAGAAGAUUGGGAAAGGAUAUAUCCUUGUCUUGCCCCAAAGAAUGACCACAUCAUAGGAAAAAAUAAGGGCCUGAGAACUAAAAGGAAAUUUAGUUUGGAUGAAUUAGAGGGUCUUGGAGCUGAAGGGCCCUCAAAUUUGAAAUGCAAAAUAAGUAAAGUGUCUUGUGAACCUGGUCAACCAGUGAAGUCAUCUGGGAAAAGUGAAGUAGCCAGUCACCCCCCUGAAUAUUUGGAUCCUAAGUUGACUUCUCUUGAGCCGAGUGAGAAGACCACAGGGGCUCAUGUUUCCCCUGGCCCCGUAGAAGUCGUAGAGCUUCAGCAAAAGAAGCAGAAAAAAACCUCAAACCCUUCAGCGUCUCAGAGCAGCUUAGACCUGUUUAGGGUGACCAUGUCCAGGAUUCUGAAGCUGAAAACACAAAUGCAGGAAAAACAGGUAGCUGUUCUGAAUGUGAAAAAGCAGACCCAAGAAGGGAACUCAAAGAUGAUUGUGAAAAUGGAGCAGGAACUCCAGGAUUUACAGUCCCAGCUAUGUGCGGAGCAGGCCCAGCAGCAGGCCCGAGUGGAGCAGCUAGAGAAGACUUUCCAGGAGGAGGAACAGCAUCUCCAGGGUUUGGAGAAAGAGCAAGGAGAAGAGGACCUGAAGCAGCAGCUGGCCCAGGCUCUGCAGGAGCAUCAGGCUCUAAUGGAAGAGCUAAAUCGCAGCAAGAAGGACUUUGAAGCCAUCCUUCAAGCCAAGAACAAAGAAUUGGAGCAGACCAAGGAAGAGAAGGAGAAGGUACAAGCACAGAAGGAGGAAGUUCUCAGCCACAUGAAUGACGUGCUAGAGAAUGAGCUCCAGUGUAUUAUUUGCUCAGAAUACUUCAUUGAGGCUGUCACCUUGAACUGUGCCCAUAGCUUCUGCUCCUACUGUAUCAAUGAAUGGAUGAAGCGGAAGAUAGAAUGCCCCAUUUGUCGGAAGGACAUCAAGUCCAAAACUCACUCCCUGGUCCUGGACAAUUGCAUUAAUAAGAUGGUAGAUAAUCUGAGUUCAGAAGUGAAAGAACGACGAAUUGUCCUCAUUAGGGAGCGAAAAGAGGAGCGGUGACCUGGGAGCCCAGAUUUGACCAACAUCAACCUUUGAGCUAAAGUGUGCUGGGUCUGUGUGGGGCUGGGGAUACCCAUCUACUUUCUUCAUCCAGCCCACUGACAAGAUUUCUUCUCACAAGUCCAAGCACAGUAGAUACUUGGUGCAGCAUUGGAAAAAGAACUUCAUGCAGCGUUGGAAAGGGAAAGAGGAGCCCCAUGUCCUUAGUUCACCUCUGACUCCUCUCAUGCAGAAUUAAUUAUGCAGAGUAAAUAAUAUCAAACCCUCCUUUUCUCUCCAAAGGCUAACGAGAGUGCCUCUUUGCCUUUGUGGUAACACCAGGAGCCCACACAGUAAACCUAAUCAGUCUCUCUGUUGCAUUUGUUGGCUGAGAGCAGUUCUGGCACCAGUCUCAGUUUCUGCAGUUAUCACAGCAGGUGCAGCUUUGAGGUUUUCUCUAGAGACAGGCAGAAGGUCUGAGGCCCCAUUUAGGGAAGCGUGUGCCAGAGCCAUCAGCAGCUUCACUGGGCUGCAAUGUGGGAUUUAGAGAAAAUUCUCAGUUCAAAUACCAACCUUCCUUGCCAAUUGAAAGCUGGUUUAAUCCCCAGUGCAUUGGAAUUUUACAAAGGACCAAACUUAGGAUCUGGAAACUAGGAUUGGCAAGCCUGUAAUUGUCAAAGUUCUGAUGCUAUAGCAGGGCUGUUUUCCUCCUGGGCAGGGGUUGCUCUUAUCACAAGUUCAGGGAGGGAGAUCUGCCUGUCCGUGGCAGCGUGGGGCUGUGAUUCCACCAAGAGCAGCCCCACUCCAGGCCUUCCAGGCUGGUUGCUGUCUUCAAGUUCCACAUCCCCCUGGGAGGAGCAAUGCCUCAUGACUGAUGAGCCAUCGAUCCCUUGUAAACUCUGUGAGGCCAGUUUAUACAAAGGAGAGGGGGAGGAGGACAAUGUUAGGAUGCCAGAUCCUGUGUUGGAGAGAGGAUGCCCUGGAGCUGGGGCAGAUAACGAACAUCCACAAAGAGGCUGUCCUGAAGACCGUGCUCCGGGGCAUUUGAAAGACUACCAGGCAAUGGGAGCUUGGGAUGGUCUGGAGGAUUCUCUGUGGACGGGUUUUGGGCUACUCUGAGACAGAGCGUGGGAUAGAGCCACGUGG